UUUUAUAUCUUACCACCAACAACUAAAGAUAGAAAGAACAUAUAUAAAGAGAUAUUAACGCUUGAAAAAUGGAGGCUCUUAGAUUCGCCGUCGCCGUCGUUCUUGUAUUUUGCGCCGUUACGUCGUCUAAUGCACAGACUACACCACCGAGCGGCGGUGCAGGAGGAGACGCACACUCACUGCCGUGUAUUCAGAAACUGAUGCCGUGUCAGCCGUAUCUUCACUUGGCGACUCCGCCGCCGGCGUCGUGUUGCAUGCCGUUGAAUGAGAUCGUGGCUAAAGACGCGACGUGUCUCUGCGCCGUCUUCAACAACGUCGAUAUGCUCAAAUCGCUUAACCUCACUAAAGAAAACGCUCUCGAUCUCCCCAAAGCUUGUGGCGCCAAAGCUGACGUGUCACUAUGCAAAACCAGCGCCGGAACUAAUUCAUCUUCAACACCGCCGGCAACCCCGAAAACUCCUCCAGCAUCUUCCACCAGUACCGGAACAGGAAGCGGUUCAACCGGAGAUGCAGCUUCUUCGACGGCCAAACCAACAAGCUCAGCUCCGGCCAUCAACUUCGGUGGACUUAGCUUUGCAUCGGCUGUCGUGGCAACACUCUUCUUCUGAUCUACUAUAUUUAUUUUACGUACGUCUUUAUCGGCUAGGUUUUCAUUUGUUGGAAAUUAAUCAGACGAUGUUCGGUAACGUUCUUAUUUCAACUAAAGGUUAUAACUGAUG